GAUGUGUGAUUAGCCAAAACCUUUCGGUUCUUAGCAAUCGUCUGAGAGGGGGAGAAGCUAGUUUGAUAACAGCGGUGGCCGGAGACCUCUGGAAGUGCGAAUGUGUACGCACGUCAAUACGAUCCUCUCUCUGUCUAUUGCGUCGAGUUCUGUUGCCAUAGCGGAGGGCGUCGUCGUUUUCUCAGCCUAAAACGCUGCUCUUCAAAGCUUGCUUGCAAGUCAAAAUCAGUCCUACUUGUGAAGUGAACAAGAAAAUAAUUAGUUGCAUUAUAGAGAGAGAUACACGAAAAUGUCGGAUAUUCGGAAGUGGUUUAUGAAAAAGCAUGACAAGGACAGUGACAGUACACAGAAGCCAUCGGCAUCUGAAAAGUCUUCAUCAGCUCCUUCACAGCAAGAGAAGAUUAUAAGUGAUCCUGCAGGCAAUGAGAACUCCGGUCGAAAGAAAACUAGCAAAUAUUUUGCCAACGAUAAGACUAAGAGUGACAAAGAGCAAGAGAUUGAGAUCUCAGGAAAACGGAAAGCUCUAAAGGAAGAGGCUGAAUUGAAACCACCUCCUCACAAGAAACAACACAUAGUUGAUAAGAAGGACGCUGAUGACUUUGUCUCUAGUAAGACCGGGGCUAGUACUACCCCAACUAAGAAGUUGAAGAGUGUUUCUGGUAGAGGAGUUGUGAAAAAAUCUGAAAUUAUUGAUGAAAGUGAUGAAGACGACAUUCAUAAGAAUCAAUCAAAAAGCAGGGGAAGGGGUAGUAGGGGUAGAGGUGCAUCAAAGGCAGACGCUGUUGGUAGAGACAUGGAUAUUGAUGAGAGUGACGAAGAUGACAUUCAAAAGAAUCAAUCAAAAGGCAGGGGAAGGGGUAGUAGUAGGGGUAGAGGUGCAUCAAAGGGAGAGGUUGUUGGUAGAAACAUGGAUGUUGAUGACAAUGAAGAAGAUGACGAUGAAAAAGACAAAAAACCUGCUGGAAGAGGCCGUGGUGGAAGAGCUGCAUCAGCAUCCCCUGCUGCUGGAAGAGGUAGAGGCUGGGGAGGACGAGGUGGAUUUGCGAAUUUUGGUGAAAGGAAAGAUCCUCCACACAAAGGAGAAAAGGAAGUCCCUGAAGGUGCUCCUACUUGUUUAGCUGGGUUGACAAUUGUAAUUAGCGGAACACUUGACAGUUUGGAACGUGAAGAAGCAGAAGAUUUGAUUAAACGUCAUGGUGGACGAGUGACUGGAUCCAUCAGCAAGAAGACGAGUUUUCUCCUUUGUGAUGAAGACGUUGAGGGUCGGAAAUCCAGCAAGGCUAAAGAGCUGGGCACUCCAUUUCUAACUGAGGAUCAAUUGUUCGAUAAGAUUCGUGCAUCAAAUAAAGGAAAAACACCUGUAAAGGAAGUUCAAAAGAAACCCAUGGAGAAGGUUGCUGCAUCUCCUAUCAAAAAGAGUCCUUUAAAAGAACUGAAGAAAGAACAAGAUGGAGAAUCCCCUGUCAGAAGUGUGGCUUCCAAAAUUUCAGGUAUUUCUUCUGUAUUGAGGAAAGAUCGGAAGACUGAUGGUACUACAUUGCCAUGGACAGAGAAAUAUAGACCAAAGGUCUUUAACGACAUUGUGGGGAAUCAGUCCAUUGUGAAGCAACUUCAUGACUGGCUGUCAAACUGGGAUGCACAAUUUCUCAACACUGGCACUAAAGGGAAGGGGAAAAAACAGAGUGAUUCAGGUGCAAAGAAAGCUGUUCUACUUAGUGGUCCACCUGGAAUUGGGAAGACAACAACUUCAAAGGUGGUUUGCCAGUUACUUGGUUUCCAGACAACUGAGGUUGAUGCCAGUGUUAGUCGUGGAAAAGCUGACUCCAAAAUCGAAAAAGGAGUUGGUGGUAGCACAUCUAAUACUAAUAAGGAGCUUGUUUCCAAUGCGGCCUUCAGGCUCAACAAGGACCAAUCAAAAUAUCUAAAGUCUGUGCUUAUUAUGGAUGAAGUUGAUGGCAUGUCUGCUGGAGAUAGGGGAGGAGUGGCUGAUCUUAUUGCAAGCAUUAAAAUAUCCAAAAUCCCCAUCAUAUGCAUCUGCAAUGAUCGCUACAGUCAGAAAUUAAAGAGUCUUGUGAACUAUUGUGAUUUACUGAACUUCCGCAAACCUACAAAACAGCAGAUGGCAAAGAGGUUGAUGCAAAUUGCCAAGGCUGAAGGACUCCAAGCCAAUGAGGUAACACUUGAAGAGCUCGCUGACAGAGUCAAUGGAGACAUUCGAAUGGCAUUAAACCAGCUUCAGUAUAUGAGCCUCUCCAUGUCAACUAUUAAAUAUGAUGACAUUAGACAACGGCUUCUUAGCAGCGCAAAGGAUGAAGACAUCUCACCCUUUACCGCUGUUGAUAAGCUGUUUGGUUUUAAUGGGGGGAAAUUGCGAAUGGACGAACGAAUAGACUUAAGCAUGAGUGACCCUGAUCUAGUCCCUCUUAUUGUACAGGAAAAUUAUAUUAACUACAGACCAAGCUCAGGUGGCAAAGAUGAUAGUGGGAUCAAAAGGAUGAACUUAAUUGCCCAAGCUGCUGAAUCUAUCGCUGAUGGAGAUAUAGUGAAUGUUCAGAUCCGGAAAUAUAGACAGUGGCAACUCUCUCCUUUUGGAAGUCUUGUGUCUUGCAUAAUCCCUGCUGCGCUGUUACAUGGGCAAAGAGAGAUACUUACACAGGGAGAGCGCAACUUCAAUAGGUUUGGUGGAUGGCUGGGAAAGAAUUCAACAACGGGGAAAAAUUUGAGGAUUUUGGAUGACAUGCAUAUUCAUCUUCUUGCAUCUCGAGGAUCUAGCACAGGAAGGUCAACAAUGAGAGUUGAUUUCUUUACCCCUCUUCUUAAACACCUGACUCUUCCGCUCAGAAACCUUCCCAAGGACGAAGGUGUGCAGAGUGUUGUGGAAUUUAUGGAUGCUUAUUCUUUAAGUAUGGAUGAUUUUGAUGGUAUUGUUGACAUGUCAAAAUUUCAGAGCCAUCCAAAUCCUCUGGAUGGCAUACCACCUGCAGUGAAAUCAGCACUUACAAGGGCAUACAACAAAGGGAGUCUUUCUCGUGUUGUUAGAACUGCAGACUUAAUCACCCUGCCUGGAAUUAAAAAGGUUCUUAAGAAGCGGGUUGCAGCCAUGUUAGAACCAGUAGAUGAAGAAGGCCUACAGGAUGGUAAUACUGAUGCAUCACCAGAAAAUGAAGAAACUUCAGACGCUGAAAAUACAGAAGAUGGAGAUGAGAAUGAGAAAAAUGCAGAAGUGGAUCUCCAGAAUUUGAAAUCAAGAGGAAUUCAAGUACAAAUGGACCUGAAGGGUGGUGGUGGACAAACCUCAAGCGCAAAGAAGGCACCAUCGGGUAGAGGAAAGGGUGGCGGUUCAGCUUCAGUAGAUAACAAGAAAGGAGGCCGCGGAUCUGGAUCCGCCUCCAGAAAAAAAUAAUAUGCUGAAAAAUGGUAUGGAGCUGGAAUUUUCUUCGAGAUUACGACAUUUAGUUUGAUAACGUAAUUUUGUGCUACUCUCUAUGGCUGUUACAAUUUUUUUUUCUUGCUUUUCUUUGUUUAACUUGUCUUCUUAUUAGUGUAGUACCUACCACUUGUUUUUUUGUCAUAUUAUUUUAUUUCUGGAGUUUAGGGGUGAUGAAUGUGGUGGGGAAGUUAUGACAUAAAUACAAUUUGAUUGCUCUUUCUAACUUCUCUUCUGAUAUCGAGCUAUGAUGGAUGGAAUGGUUCUUGAAAAUGAGAGAUAUUUUAUCAA